CGGCUCCGCUGUUGCUGAGGGGAAGCGAGAGGGGCCCGGCCGGGGCAAGAGAGGCCAGGAGCGGACCGGCGGCUCCCUGAGUCCACACCCAGGCUGGGUUGAAGAUGAAACCAGCGAAGAAGGCUGCCAGCUCCUCCUCUUCCUCCUCUUCAAGCAACAGUAGCAGCAGCCGAUCCCCACCCUCCACCCGAUCCCCACCCUCCACCCGGGCCAAGGCCCAAAAACGCAAGACGACCCUCGAGGAGGGGCCUAAACCUGAAGAGGGGGGAGGGGAGGAGGCGCCAGACCAGCCGCUGGCAUUUGUGGGCGCCCGGCGCAUGCAAGUGAAGAUGGACCCCAGCCUGCGGGAAUUGGCAGGAGCACAUGAUGACCCCUACAAAUUGCCCGAAGGCGAGGGAGAGCCCGGGACUGAGGUCUGUGGGCCAGAGGCCUCAGCGAACCGCAAGACAGCCACUUUUAAAGUGCGUCCCCCCUGCAGGAAGUAUCCAGGGGGUGAAGAAUCCAACGGCAGCGAGGGCCCAGCGGCACCUGCUGAGGAUGAACCUAGGCGCUGUCCCUCUUCCAGUACUGACACAGCCAGUGAGCACUCAGCCGAUGAGAAUGACAAAGGGGUGGGGGACCUGUGGCCAACACCCCCGAGCGAGUACGACCUGCGGCAGUUGCGCUCACAGCGAGUGUUGGCCCAGCGGGAGGGAAUCUUUCAACCGGCUAUAGUGAAGCAGAUCCGUCGGGGGCAGGACUUGGGGGUGCAGUUCAUCAGCGACCGGGUCAUGGCAUACUAUGAAGGGGCACUGGGUUCUGGCGCGGUGGACGUGGUCCUGGAUGCCACACCCCCACCAGCUGCUUUGAUGGUAGGCACAGCCGUUUGUGCUUGUGUGGACUCUGAAGAGACAGCGUAUCGGGAAGGCACUGUGGUUGAAGUGAGUGCCAAGCCGCCCUCGUUCAAAGUACAUUUUGUCCGCCCUGUGCUUCUCCCUGGCACCACUGCUGCCCGUAAAGACUCUGCCUGGGUACCACGCUCAGCCCUGCGUCUUCUGCGUCCACCGUGGCAUUCCGAAUCUCCUCCCCAUGGUAGCAAACAACCUGAAAAGCCCCCUCCUUUGCCAGCAGAGGAGGAGGUUGCUUUGGCUCUUCCAUGCCCAGAGCCAAAGCAGCCAGAAGAUGCAGAGGUCUCUAAGAUCAGUGCUGGGGUGAGAACAGAGGAAAAGUCCGUGGUUGUGCCCCCCCAAAUGUUGUCGCCUCCCAAGUCACCAGCAUUCACUCGCCUCCCCGAGCAGCCGUCGCCUCUGCUGAGCCCAGAAGCGAGUGGGAGUCGCAGUAGCAGCGUGAUGUCUGUAGACAAAUGCAGCACUCCUGGCUCUUCUCGAUCCCGUACACCCCUCACAGCCGCCCAGCAGAAGUACAAGAAAGGGGACGUGGUGUGUACCCCCAACGGCAUCCGCAAGAAGUUCAACGGCAAGCAGUGGCGGCGGCUCUGCUCGAGGGAGGGCUGCAUGAAAGAGUCACAGCGCCGGGGCUACUGCUCUCGCCACCUCUCCAUGCGCACCAAGGAGAUGGAGAGCCUUUCGGAGGGACGGGCCAGCGGGCUGCGAGAGGGCAGUGCUGAAUUUGACUGGGACGAGACCUCUCGGGACAGCGAGACCAGCAGCGCUCGAGGGGAUUCACGGCCCCGACUGGUGGCCCCGGCUGACUUGUCCCGGUUUGAGUUUGACGAGUGCGAGGCGGCCGUCAUGCUAGUCUCCCUAGGCAGCUCCCGCUCGGGCACCCCUUCCUUCUCCCCCGUCUCCAACCAGUCCCCUUUCUCGCCUGCACCUUCGCCGUCCCCCUCCCCGCUCUUUGGCUUCCGUCCGGCCAAUUUCAGUCCCAUCAACGCAUCGCCUGUGAUCCAUCGGGCCGGUGGACGCAGUCGUCAUGUGAGUGCAAGCACCCCCAAGGGUGUCGGGGGUGCCGUGCUGAGCCCUGAGAUGAUGCAUCACGCCGCUCCCCGAGAGCGCCACCAUUCUGGCAUCUUAUCCACCUUCCAGACCAACUUAACCUUCACAGUCCCGAUGAGUCCUAGCAAACGGAAAGCCGAGUCCCACCACAGCAGUACCAGCUCAGCGACCGACUUCCACAAGAACGACAGUCUCGACUCGGGGGUGGAGUCUGUCUCGCAUACACCCACCCCCUCCACGCCCGCCGGCUUCCGGGCAGUGUCGCCUGCAGGCGCUGGGCCUUUUUCCUCCCGCUCCCAGCAGGCCUCUCCGCUCUUGUUGGUGCCGCCGCCUGCUGGGCUGACCUCUGACCCCAGCCCCACAGUGCGUCGGGUGCCUGCUGUGCAGAGGGACUCUCCUGUCAUCGUGCGCAACCCGGAUGUUCCCCUACCCUCCAAGUUCACUGAGAAGCCUCUGGAGGGACGGGUGGGCAGUCCCCGAAUGGGCAAGGCCGGCUCCAAGGAACAUCUGGCUGGCAAGGGACAACUGCAGGUGCCGGUGCCCAUUAAUGUGGGUCGGACACUGCCUUCCAGCCAGCCCAGCGUGACCUCUGCCCCCGAGCAGGCCCCGCCUAUUUUCAGUGUCUCCUCCCCCUUUCAGCCAGUUGCCUUCCAUCCCUCUCCAGCCGCCCUCUUGCCUGUCAUUGUCCCCGGCGAGUACACUAGCCACCCGGCGCCCAAGAAGGAGAUUAUCAUGGGAAGACCUGGCACAGUGUGGACAAAUGUGGAACCCCGGUCUGUGGCUGUAUUCCCGUGGCACUCCCUGGUGCCCUUUCUGGCUCCCAGCCAACCGGAUUCCUCUGUACAGCCCAGCGAAGGCCAGCAGCCUGUCAAUCAUCCCUCUACGUCCAAUCAGAACAAAGAGCCUCCAGAAUCAGCUGCCGUGGCUCAUGAGCUUCCUGGUGCAUCUUCCGGGGCUGAGGUGGGAAGGCCAAACACUUCUCAUUCCAAUAGCCCAGCCCCAAUUCCCCAGCCAUUGAUAGCAACACCAGGAGGGGGUGGCGGUCCCUCACAGCACGAUGAUGACAUCUCGGGGCACCCACGUCUGGACAGUGAGACGGAGAGCGACCAUGACGAUGCGUUCCUGUCUGUUGUAUCUCCUGAAAUUCAACUCCCACUGCCACCCGGGAAGCGCCGUACCCAGUCGUUAAGCGCCUUGCCCAAGGAGCGGGAUUCCUCCUCAGAGAAGGACGGGCGCAGUCCUAACAAGAGAGAGAAGGAUCACAUCCGGCGGCCUAUGAACGCUUUCAUGAUCUUCAGCAAGAGGCAUCGUGCCCUAGUGCAUCAACGGCAUCCCAACCAGGACAACCGCACAGUCAGCAAGAUCCUGGGAGAGUGGUGGUACGCGCUGGGGCCCAAGGAAAAGCAGAAAUACCAUGACCUGGCCUUCCAGGUGAAGGAAGCUCAUUUUAAAGCACACCCUGAUUGGAAGUGGUGUAACAAGGACAGGAAGAAGUCCAGCUCAGACGUGAAGCCUGCAGGUCCAGGGGGAUGCACCAAGGAGACACGUGAGCGCAGCAUGUCAGAGACGGGCACUGCUGCCGUGCCGGGAGGCCCUUCGGAGAUGCAGGUGUUGCUGGGGUCGGAGGGCAAAGCAGGGGUCAUGGGACCUGGGCACGGCCACGGAGACCGAAUCCUGCCCAUGUCAGGGCCUGGUGCUCAGCGGCCACGUGCCUUCUCCCACAGCGGAGUGCACGGGUUGGAAAGCGACCGCGACAGCCAGGUGCUGCAGGAGCUUACUCAGAUGUGCUCAGGACAGUCUCCGUACGUCAGUGGGAAAGGGCAGUAUGGGGGGCUGGGCCCCUCAGGGUCCCCGUUUGCAACUCCAGGCGAAGGACCCCGCCCUUCCCUGCUCCCGCAUCCCUCUCGAGCUUCCCGUUCUCAACGCACCACCAGUGAGGACAUGACCAGCGAUGAAGAGCGCAUGGUGAUUUGUGAAGAGGAGGGCGACGACGACGUAAUUGCUGAAGAUGGGUUCAACCCAGCCGACGUUGACUUGAAAUGCAAGGAGCGUGUGACAGACAGUGACAGCGAAGGGUCCUUGGGGGACGAAACAGACAACAAGGACUUUGGGCGAAAGCUGUUCUCCCCAGUGAUCCGCUCAGCAGCCCUGCCCCCUUCCUCCGGUGCCUUCACCCCCUGCCGUCCGCCCCCUCCCCUAGACUUGGAGCCUCCGCCGCCUCACGGUCCUGAGCAGCAGCCGUCUUCCAAGUCCUACGGCUCCUUCCAGGUUACAUCCAGCACCUUCAAGGGUCAAGACUCUCGAGGCGGGCUCCGUCCCCACAAUGCCCCGGCAAAGCGCCUGGAGCCACGUUUUGAUCCAGCGGCAGCCCCCUACAGGCGGAAGCGGGUGGACAGUGCCGGAGGUCCCCAGGCGGCCAUGGAGUCUGGGACGUUGCUUCCAGCUGUAUCCGCUCACUCAGUCAUCUCUUCACCCAGUGGCAUGGUUCAAGCUGUGGUGCUGCCCGAUUCUGCCCGUUUGUCCUCUGGCACGGUGCUGGUGACUGCCCCAUCCAUGAGCACUCCCAGCGUGGGGGUAAUUGGCUACAGUGGGGCACCCAACCUGGUCCGCACAGCCUCCACUGUAGUCACCAAUGUGGUCAAACCGGUCAGCAGCACUCCUGUGCCCAUUGCCAGCAAGCCCUUCCCACGUGGGUCAGGGGAAGGGCCGCCAUUGCUUAGCCCUCCCCCCUCAGAUGGUAGCGGCAAGCCUGAAGGGGGCGUUUCCAUGGGACGCAUCAGCCUGCUCUAUGCCGACAAAAAGCAUCCGCAGCCCUCCUCGAUACCUGGGAUUCAAGCCGCAUCUCCUCACUUAGUUGCCGGACCACUGAUUGGGCAAGGCUUGGCUACCGUUGGUAAAGGCCCUCCCAGCCAAGGCAGCGUUGUGACCAACCUUCUGGUGGGGACUCAAGGUUACGGGCAGCCAGGUGGUGCAGGAGGGGCUGGUGUCCCAGUGACGGUGUUGCCACCUGGCGCUGCCAUUACCCAGCAGCCCUCUGUACAGUUCAUUACCCAGAAUCCUCCUGGGCCAGGGCAGAAUGGCCCAGUACCCCUCAGCAUCCUACAACCUCAAGGCAUCCUCUCCGGAACAGCGGGCAAGGCGGGUGGCAUCACCCAGGUGCAAUACAUCCUGCCCACGUUGCCUCAACAGCUACAGGUGGCCGGAGGGAAGGUACCGGCUGGAGCGGGUGCCCCUGGAUCCGCCAGCAUUCACUUCACUCUGCCGCCAACCAACGGAAAGGUCAUCACUGCACCCCAGGCAAUCCCCAUUAUACAGCCCGCUCCAGGAAGCAGCAAUAACAGCGUCACUGUUGUCUCUUCAGCCCCCAAAGUUCAGUCUGUGUCUCCAGUACAAGCCCCGUCUCCUGCCAGCUCAACCCACCUCAUGUCCGGGCAGGUGGUGCCUCCUGCAGGCCUCCAGGUGCAAGGCAAGGUCCUGGUGCCCAUGGCAGCCCCCCAGGUAACCGUGCGGACCACCACAGCUGCCCAGCUGCCUCUGGUGACUCCGCCUUUCCCGGUGCCAGUGCAGAAUGGGAGCCAGCCGGCAAGUAAGAUUAUCCAGCUCACGCCGGUGCCGGUGGUUCAGCCCCAACCCUCUUCGCAAAGCAACGCCACGCUGGUGCCCCCGCUCAGCCCAGCUGCUCUGCAGGGCACAGUAGCCACUGCUGUUGUGGGCUCUCCAAGCCAAGCCCAGAAAGUCUUGUUGCCCUCCUCCACCAGGAUCACCUACGUGCAGUCGGCAGCUGGGCACCCCCUGUCCCUGGGCACCUCGGCCUCUCACACGCAGCCCAGUGCCCCCCCGGCCGCACCGGCCACAACCUACGUCCAGUCCUCAGUGGGCCCUGCCCCUAUGACGCUGGGUUUCACGGCUAUCGGGCCAAAUGGGCAGGCCAUAGUGCAGCCACUGCUGUCGGGUCAGAGCCCUUUGUUGGCUCCGGGACAAGUGGGGGUGUCCCCACUCCAAAGCCCCCAGCUCCCGGCUUCCUGUGCUGGACAGGGGCAGGUCAUCACUGCCAUCUACCCCGGCCCCGCAGGGACCAGUCCGGCUCAACCGCCCACACACAGUGUGGUCUACACAGUGGCAGCCACAAGCAGCGCCUCUGUCUCUUCUCCCACGGCCAUCCUGCCCAAAGGGGGCAGCACUCAGAGCUCUGGGGGGCCUAGCCAGGGCCUUCUCUCAUCAGCCACCCAGGUCAUUCCUUCAGCAGCCGCCCGGCCUCAGCGUCCACCCCUCAAGCCUCCCCAGAAGGUGAAGGCAGCCAUCGCCAGUAUCCCUGUAGGCUCUUACGAGUCAGCCUCCUCUCCAGGUUCAGUUCGCCCCCCCGUGGGGGGGCAGCAGCAGGAGCCCGGAGGGACACGAUACCACUGGGAGGCCGAAGGCACAGGCGAGCGAGUUGCACGGGACGUGGGGCCCCAAGAGCCACCACCUUCCCCUGCAUCUCGGGGCACCGAACAGAGUCCAACGGGGCCAGCUAAACCCCAGGAACUGAAGCGGGAUUCUUGGGAGCCGGUGUCUCCCCCAUCUCCCCAGCAGCCACCGGUGACAGAGAUGCCAACCUCCGAAGUCUGGAACCAGCGGGAAAUGUCGGUGGGGCCCAGUGAGGAGAGGGCAGUUCGUGACCCACUGUCUGCCCUGCCACUGAGCAGUAAAGGGACUGAGACGGCCCUGAAAUUCCCCACUUCCCCUGACUGGAGACCAGCAGCUUCUGAAGGACGCCCUGAGGCUUCGGUACCACCCACGGGCCCAUCCUCUCUCAGUCCUUGCCUGUUGAGCUCUGGGGAGAGCUCCAGAAGUGGCGCCUCGGCGCUUGCAGCAGCAGCAGCAGCCCCUACGUCUGAAGGGCCCGAACCAAAGGAGGGGCCCACAGGGAAGAAAGUGAAAGUCCGACCUCCUCCGCUGAAGAAAACGUUUGACUCCGUUGACAACAGGGUUCUCUCGGAGGUGGAUUUCGAGGAGCGUUUUGCUGAGCUGCCCGAAUUCAAGCCCGAGGAGGUGCUGCCGUCGCCCACUCUGCAGUCACUUGCCACGUCACCCCGUGCCAUCCUGGGCAGCUACCGCAAGAAGCGCAAGAACUCCACGGACCUCGACUCCUCCACUGAGGACCCCAUCUCUCCCAAGCGGAAGAUGCGCCGUCGCUCCAGCUGCAGUUCAGAGCCCAACACCCCCAAGAGUGCCAAGUGCGAAGGAGACAUCUUUACUUUCGACAAAACUGGCACGGAUACAGACGACGUACUGGGAGAGCUGGAGUAUGAGAAGGUGCCGUACUCAUCGCUCCGGCGUACCUUGGACCAGAGGAGGGCUUUGGUCAUGCAGCUCUUUCAAGAUCACGGCUUCUUCCCUUCAGCCCAAGCCACUGCAGCUUUCCAGGCCCGGUACUCCGACAUAUUCCCCACCAAGGUUUGCCUGCAGCUCAAGAUCCGAGAGGUGCGGCAGAAGAUUAUGCAGGCGGCCACUCCCACAGAGCAGGCGCCCAGCACACCAGAGCCCGGAAGCUCCACCGGCCAAGGCGGCUCUGCCGAAGGACAGCCUUUGGAACUGGUUCUUGCCCAGGACUCGGCGCCAGGAAUGGAGGCUACAGCUGCAGCUGCUGCCACCCCAGCCCCCCCUUCCACCACAGCCCUUGGCUGGGACUGUAACCAGCAGUCUCCCCCCGGGGGUGGCGGCAACAGCAGCAGCACCAGCAGCAGAUGAACAGCCUGCAAGUAGCCGAGCAAGAUAAAAAAAACAGCCUUGCGGGAGGAGGGCGGGAUCCUGGAGCUUCCCCUCAUCUUUCCUCCCCGCACAUGCUCUUCCCCACUAACUUUGCCUUCCCCAAAAGGGACUGAAAGGGGAAAUUGGCUACCCUUGCCCUGCGCACUUUCUGGCCUCCCUUUUCUUGCUCCUGCCCAGCUGGUUUGCUCUGCAGGUGGGGGGGGGGCGGGCGGGCUGUGGACUCCUGCAGCUCCCAUCCACAGGGGGGAGCAGUGGUGCCGCAAUACCAGCCAUUCCAGGAGGCGGGUGGAGAUGCCGGGAGACCUCCAGGGGCAGGGCGGGACUGGGGGCGCCGUAGGCCGUGGGCAGGACACACCUGUAAAGCGCCAUGCUAGUCCUCCCACCUCCUUUUAAUAAUGUUAAAUAUUUUCAAACUACCCAGCUGCCCCCCUCCCCCCAUGCAUACUCGUUGCUUCUGUGUCAGUAACUGGGGAGGGGGAGGGGAAGUGUCUUUCCACCCACUGCUGCAGAGGCGGGGGGCAUUUAUGGCCAUGCGUCCUGAGCAGGCAACUUGCUUUGGCCAUUCUAAAGGCCAGGUUAGGAGAGGAAGAAGAAAUCAAAUUGGAAGGAGACUUUUCCCAGGUGGUCAAAAUGGGGAGUGGAGUGGGACUGGGGGGAGAGGUUGAUUGGCUUGCAGCGCAGCCUGAAUCCAACCGGGAGCAGAGACGAUCUUUGGGGGCGGGAGGCGAUCCAGCUAGAGGGCUGUGCUGGCAGGUGGGGGCUCCCCCCCCCCAAGCGUGAGCAUGCUGGUGGCCGAAGCCACAUGUUGACCAUGUGUAACCCCUUCUGUAUCGGGGUGGCCCCACCUCACAUGCUAUUAAAGCUCUUUAACAAUCA